CUUGACCAAAUUGACCAAAAUUGACCAAAAUUGAGACAUGAUGGAUUCCAACGAGAAAGAGAAGAAAAAGAUUGUCAGCGCAGAGGAGUAUCAACAAGCUCGAAUGGAUCUCCUCCAACAAGAAAAAGCAGCCACACAGUUAUUGCAAAGACUAGCUGCCUCGCGUCGGGAACUCCCUAUGGUCCAAGUAUCCAACCCGGACCAAUUCAAAUUCGACACUCCGGACGGGGAAAAGAGUCUGGGAGACCUCUUUGACAACCGCAAGCAACUGAUAAUCUACCACUUCAUGCUCGGCCCGGGUGAACAUCGCGGUCAUCUGCGGAGCCGGGACACCUCGUUUGUGGCUGUCGCGACUGCGCCGUUAUCCGAGAUCACUCUGCCAAAACUCAUCAAGCGUGGCAGGAAGCUGAAGAAAGGGGUGAGAUUAUUACUUGGAAGCCUGGGAAUGGGUAUUUUGGUCUGA